AUGUUGAGCGUUGCUAGGAUGUCUGCUAGGAGGAAACGUGGUGGAGCCACGAAGCAAGCUGUGGUUAGGCUCGAUAACGAUGUUGAUAUGGCUUUGCUGCGGAGGUGGAUGAGAGGGCGGGUGCCCAUGCAUGUGCGUCAGGUCAAAGAACCACUGGUGCGGGCUACUAACUACAACCAGCUGAUGAAAGGCGUGGCGUUAGAUAAAGGCAAGGAUCCGCGGGUGUCGUUUCUGAACGAGCUCGACCACUUCAAGAGGAUCAAGAGCCUGAAGUAUGAGGUUCCGAACAGACAGCGCAUGAAGUAUGUGGACGGCUAUUUGCAGAAGCUGAGUGAAAGCUACCAUCUGACCAACAAGAGAGCCAACAAGUUGUUAAACUCGGAGCUGAAGACGCUCGAAGAUAACUGGAUUGCCAGACACGGGAAACUACCAAAGAUACCGAACGACAGCAAUAUCUCACAGACGAAGAAACAACAUUUAAAGGAGCAGCUCUCAGCCUACAACGCUGAGGUUAGACAGAUCAAGGACAACCAGCCUGUGACCGUGUACUCUGUUCCAGGCGGGACGAACUUCGACUACUUGACAAACUGCAUAAAGCUGCUAAACAGCGAUAGAGCCAUUUUAUUUUCCAUAGACAUCGAGGCGUUUGAAUUUGAUACAAAGAUCAUCACGGAGAUCGGGAUCUCAAUCUAUGACCCCAGAGAGAAUUUAUACUCCACAGCACCAAUUACCAGGAAUUACCACCUCAUUGUCUCCGAAGUAUUGCAAUUGAGAAACUCUAAAUUUGUAUGCGAUUACAAAGACUGCUAUCUACUCGGAGAAAGUUUCGUAAUGCCUUUGAAAGAGUGCUGUGCCUUUGUACAGGCAUUACUGAACUAUUACAUGAAACCUUCCACAGACAACGAACGGACAUGGUCUAGAGCAUUUGUUGGUCACAACAUUAAAGGCGAUAUCAAGUGGCUAAAAGAUAUAGGUGUCGAUUUCAGAGACAUCGGCGAACCAGCAGGUGAACUCCGUCCUUACAAAGAGGAAGCUGACAAAAAUGAACCAGUAUAUUUAUUGGACACAGAAAAAUUAUACUGUGCUAACUACGGUAGAAAAGGGAGCAACCUAGGCAGGAUUUUACAACUGCUGGAGAUUCCCCAUGCAUUUUUGCAUAACGCAGGUAACGAUGCUCAUUACACGCUAGAGCUUUUGAAAAGAAUGUGCGAUGUACAAUAUAGAGAAUUGAAAAGAUUAGAUGAUCUCGAGCACAUUGCCACAAAGAUAGAGAAGCUUAACAAGAGAGCUAAGGAAGAGCCUAAGAUUUUACCGAUGUCUUAUGCGAUAGCAGUCGCUAACAAAACCGUCAAGAAUUUUAACGAUUCAAACAAUGGUAAAAAGAGAAAUAACUUAGUACAACAAACAGAGUUUGGUGGUGCGACAUUCUAUAAUGAUCCUAAAGAAGCAUUUCUAUCAACAUUCAGCAAUAUAAAAACAUAA